AAUGGGUCAAAAUAACCAGAGAGGAAUGACUAACAAGUAUUAAGAGAAAAAUGUAUUUCUGUGUUUUAUUUGUUCUGAAGUGAUGAAUUGUGUCUUCAGAAGUCGUUUCGAGGCAUCGCAGAGGGCUUUGUGUUGCUAAAUGGAGUCUGAGCAGUUGUUCAACAGAGGCUACUGCAGGAACAGCUACAACAGCAUUACCAGCGCCAGCAGUGACGAAGAGCUCCUCGAUGGUGCCGGCAUCGUAAUGGACUUCCACACCACCGAGGACGACAACCUGCUUGAAGGGGAUGCGUCGCCAGGGUCGAACUACGCCAUGUCUAAUGGUGGGGGUGGAGGAGGGGCCAGUAGCUCCACCCACUUGCUGGAUCUGCUGGAGGAGCCCAUUCCAGGCGUGGGCACCUACGAUGACUUCCACACCAUCGACUGGGUCAGGGAGAAGUGCAAAGACAGAGAACGACACCGCAAGAUAAACAGUAAAAAGAAGGAAUCCGGAUGGGAGUUCACCAAGAGUCUGUACGACGCCUGGUCAGGGUGGCUGGUGGUUACAUUAACAGGACUCGCUUCAGGAGCAUUAGCAGGUGUGAUCGACAUCGCUGCAGACUGGAUGAACGACCUAAAGGAGGGUGUGUGUCUCAGUGCCAUGUGGUUUAAUCAUGAGCAGUGCUGCUGGGGCUCCAAUGAGACAACCUUUGCUGAGAGAGACAAGUGCCCUCAGUGGAAGUCAUGGGCUGAACUCAUCCUGGGCCAGGCAGAGGGUCCUGGUUCCUAUAUAAUGAACUACUUCAUGUUCACGUUCUGGGCGCUGUCCUUUGCUUUUCUGGCCGUGUCUCUAGUGAAAGUGUUUGCCCCCUAUGCCUGCGGGUCAGGAAUUCCUGAGAUUAAAACCAUCCUGAGUGGUUUUAUUAUUCGAGGGUACCUGGGGAAAUGGACACUGAUAAUAAAGACCAUUACUCUGGUACUGGCAGUAGCGUCGGGUCUCAGUCUUGGGAAGGAAGGUCCACUGGUCCAUGUGGCCUGUUGCUGUGGCAACAUUUUUUCCUACCUCUUCCCCAAAUACAGCAAAAACGAGGCGAAGAAACGUGAGGUUUUGUCUGCGGCGUCAGCUGCGGGGGUGUCUGUUGCUUUUGGAGCUCCUAUUGGAGGAGUCCUCUUCAGUCUGGAGGAGGUCAGUUACUACUUCCCUCUGAAGACCCUUUGGCGUUCGUUCUUUGCUGCUCUGGUAGCAGCAUUUGUGCUGCGCUCCAUAAACCCGUUCGGGAACAGUCGGCUGGUGCUGUUCUAUGUGGAGUAUCACACGCCCUGGUACCUGUUCGAGCUCUUUCCCUUCAUCCUGCUGGGGGUUUUCGGUGGCCUGUGGGGGGCCUUCUUCAUCCGGGCCAACAUCGCAUGGUGUCGUCGCCGUAAAUCUACACGCUUCGGUAAGUACCCGGUGUUGGAGGUGAUCACAGUGGCGGCCAUAACAGCCAUCAUAGCAUUCCCGAACCCAUACACACGUCAGAAUACCAGUGAACUGAUUAAAGAGCUGUUUACCGACUGCGGACCGCUGGAGUCAUCGCAGCUCUGCCAGUACCGCAGUCAGAUGAACGGUAGUCAGGCGUACCCUCAGGGCUCGGACGCCGCCGCCAUGCCGGGCGUGUACUCUGCAAUGUGGCAGCUAAGCCUGGCACUCAUCUUCAAAAUCAUCAUGACUAUCUUUACCUUUGGUGUGAAGGUACCAUCAGGUCUGUUCAUUCCCAGUAUGGCCAUCGGUGCGAUCGCUGGGCGGAUCGUGGGCAUCGCUGUAGAACAGCUGGCGUAUUAUCACCACGACUGGUUCCUGUUCCGAGAGUGGUGUGAGGUGGGCGCUGACUGCAUCACACCUGGACUUUACGCCAUGGUGGGUGCUGCAGCCUGCCUGGGUGGUGUGACCCGUAUGACGGUGUCUCUAGUGGUCAUCGUGUUUGAACUGACUGGUGGGUUGGAAUACAUUGUUCCUCUAAUGGCGGCCGUGAUGACCAGUAAAUGGGUGGGCGAUGCAUUUGGUCGAGAGGGAAUCUAUGAGGCCCAUAUUCGUCUGAACGGAUACCCCUUCCUUGACGCUAAAGAAGAGUUCACGCACACCACACUGGCACGGGAGGUUAUGCGUCCACGUCGCAACGAUUCACCGUUGGCCGUGCUCACGCAGGACGAUAUGACACUCGCAGAGCUGCAGGCCAUAAUCUCAGAAACAAGUUACAAUGGCUUCCCCGUCAUUGUCUCCAAAGAGUCACAAAGGCUGGUGGGCUUUGCACUGCGUAGGGAUAUUACAAUUGCUAUAGAAAAUGCCCGGCGUAAGCAGGAGGGAAUAAUGCUGAACUCGCGGGUCUAUUUUACACAGCAUGCCCCAACCCUCCCCGCAGACAGCCCGCGACCGAUGAAACUCCGCAGCAUCCUGGACAUGAGCCCCUUUACCGUCACAGACCACACGCCCAUGGAGAUUGUGGUAGACAUUUUUCGCAAGCUUGGCCUGCGCCAGUGCCUUGUGACGCACAACGGGAUUGUAUUGGGCAUCAUCACAAAGAAGAAUAUUUUAGAACAUCUGGAAGAGCUCAAGCAGCACGUGGAGCCUUUGGCGCCUCCUUGGUGUUAUUACAAAAAAAGAUAUCCUCCGUCAUAUGGCCCAGAUGGCAAACCAAGACCCCGAGUCCAUAAUGUUCAAUUAGCACCCUCUUCCUGCAAUGAGGUAGAAGAGAGUGAAGAGGAGGUCUGUUUACUGGACAAUUCAUCCCUCUGACCACAAGCCCUUUUGGUACCCUAAACCGCCCCUAAACACUAAGCCAAAUGGGACCCCACCCUGGUCGCAUCUUCUGGGUACAUGCACAAGAUUCCAGAAGGAGACUUUCGAGGAACAGCCUUUUCAGUUUGGUCUUGGACGCCUAGCCUGAAGCGACUUUUGCCACAUGCUAACUUUCUAAAGCUAACUCUCACACACGCAUGAAUACACCCCCCUUAUUUGACCACUUUUUGCCUCCUGCCUGAUAAAUAUUGUCUUAAAGAGGUGAAAGGUCAAGAUGAACCGCUCAAAUGUGAGGAGGGACCUUCACUACAGAGGGUGGACCGCCUUGACCCCUUCCACUGUCACUGCACCGUCACAUCCAGAAACUGAUUCUAUAACAUUGUUUACCUGUGUUGUGUGUUUUGUGAGGGAGCAAGGUGGUUUUGUAAAUGGACCUCAACAUUCCAGUCGGUAUAUAGUACUUUGUGAGUCUUAAUAAAAGCUCAAAAAGUAUUUAAAAUAACAAGAUGUUCAAAUGUUAAAUUAGGUUUUAUACUACCAAGGAAAAGGAUGUUGGGGGAGAACAGUGUGAAAAUGGUCUUCAUUAGUUGUCUUCAACCGCCAUGGGAUUGUAGGUAAAAAGCCAACAGAGUCUCUUUGACGGACUAAAGCAGGAAUAAAAUGCACAAAAAGAAAAGCUGCUUUUCUUUUACAGUUGCUACACAGGCUAUUAUAUUUCGAUGUAUUGUAAUUUACAACAAAAAAAAUAUGACAACCAAUUUACUUUUAGUUGGCAAACAAACGUAAAUGUCGGAAUUGGUGAGAUUGUUGACUCCAGUACAGUUAGAAACACCCUUCUCUGUAUGCUAACACUUUAUAAUAGUUUUGUUUUUCUUUCUGCUACUUUAAGUGUCCUGUGUGAUGUCACAACUUUUUACUGUUAAUCAUCAUCUGGCUAAUCAAACAUUUAAAAGACACAAAGUUAAUCAGUAACAUCCCAAGUUGGUUAUUUGGAUUUAAAUCAAUCUAAGUACAGCUUAAUAUUAAACUACAUGUAAACCAACUCAAUCCAAACGACAUUAUGGGGCAACGAUUGAGACUUGCUAGGCACAGUUGAAGCGUUUCUGGAUGACAAGGAAAUGUGACCUUGGAAGAUUAUAGGAAUGGAUGUUCGUGGACCGUUGUACAGGUACAGGCCAUAUUUAAUAAGCCGUGCAUGAAAACGAGGCUGUGGGGGAUACAAGUAUAGUCGAUUCAAUGACCUGUACUGUUGUGUUAAUAUCAACCAAUGUCAUAGAUUGUGAAAAUUAGACGGCCUAUUGAAUGAACUACAGAUGUAUCCUUCAUGGUCUCAUUUUCAUAAAAUGUGCCAUCUAUCCUGACAAAGUUUGUUGGGGGGGAUACAUGCCACAUUUUUACACAAAUUUGACACCUGUGGUAACUUCCUAAAAGCAUUUUCUGACCUACCAGCAUCUCUACGUUUAGUUUUCCUGGGCAAUAUUGAUUUGCACAUGAGCAUGGUGCUGUUGUUUUUUCUAAAACAAGGGCGAAGUGUCGUCUUUUAACAGAUCUGUGAAGUUCUGUCCUUUUGCUUUUGUUUCAGUGGUGACUGGCAUAACAAAGUUCCUCGCUGAUUUAUGGCAAACAAGCAGGUGUUGGCAGGGCCUCUGUGUUCUCAUUAGCAGUUGAUGUUCCUCUGUUAAUUAAUGAAGAAAAUCUUGUUAAAUAUUGAUCUUUUUUUAUUUAUACUAGUGCUAGAGUUGUACAAUAUGGAGAAUUUUAUGUAUGUUUGAUUGUACAUUAAAAACAAUUAUGUAAAGAUUAAAUAGUUUUAAGUGUAUAUAUCUUGUGUUUUCACUGUAUUGCUUUUUCACAGUGUUUACCGUUAGGAUGACAAUUAGUGGAGACUUAAAGGAAUAACCAAAAUUGAUAAUUCACUCAUCAUUUACAGUACAUAUGUCGUCUCAAAAGACCACGUGCAUCCACGCACAACUCACCAUGUGCCCCACUGAGAACGAACUACAUUAUAGCCACCACCAGGAGGUUAACCCAACUUGACUCUACCCACCCUAGCAACCGGGCCAAUUGGUUGCUUAGGAAGCCUGACUGGAGUCACUCGACACCCUAGAUUUGGACUUGCUACUCCAGGUGUGGUAGUCAGUGUCUUUACUCGCUGAGCUAGCCAGGCCCCCUAUCUUUUAAUUUCUUGAAGAUAUUCAAACGUACAGUGUUAUUAUGAAAGAUUAAUGACAUUAAAUAAAAAUAUAAAGGAGAGUAUUU